CCAACGAGAACUAGUGAACAUCAGCGGGUCAGAUGCAAGUGGAACACACACACGGGCACAAGAACAACCAUGGGAAUAAUCAAGGUGACCGUUCUGUGCGUAUUGCUUGCGAGCGGCCUCGUGCACGGUCAAGAUUAUCCUGAAGAUUCACCUGCUGACGUAGCUUCCCCUAAUGAAGGUACUGAAGGCGAAGAUCCUGCCGCAGGGGGUGGUGGUGGUGUUGCAUCUUCUCCAGGAGGCAAUGCACCUGGUGAUCCUGAAACCGGGGGACCCGGUCCGGUGUUAGGAUCAGCGCCAGCACAACAACCACCUGCAAAAGGUGGGAAUUCAAACCCUGCUGUACCGCAAGGUCCCAGCAGUAACAACAACUUGCCACCGGCCAAUAAGCAGAGUAAUAAACCAGGAAAGAAUCAGGGUGGAGGCGGAGGCAAAAAUAAUAAUAAGCAGCCAGGAAAAAAUUCGAAAAAUCAGCAUCCACCGGCAAACAAAAAGAAUAAAGCGAAUCAAAAAGUCAGCCCCGUGCAGAAAGCGUCCAAGAAUAAUGCUGGCAAGCACGGAGGGAAUAUUCAGAGCAAUGGUGUGAAAAAUAAAAAGACGGCCGCACAGAAGAAGUUCAAAAAGCAGGUCAACAAAAAGAACAACAAUAAAAACGGACACCCUGUACAGCCAGGGGCAAAUAAUCCAGCCAAACCAGUCGACUCUUCAAAGUCUAAAAAUCCCGGAACUGCUGGUGCUGGAUCUGCUGGAGGUGCUGCUUCUCCUGGAGGUGCUGGACCUCCUGGAGGUGCUAAAUCUCCUGAUUCUUCUGGAGCUAGUGGUCCUGCUGGAGCUGGAGAACCUCCUGCGGCCUCUGACCCGGCCAGUGAUCCGAAUGGGGAGAGUCCACCUGCUCAAGAUCCAGCAGCAGCAGGAGGAGCAGCAAGCGGAGACUAUAAUGCCUAAUACUAAUGACCAAAUUUUGUCUGCAGAGAAGAUCAAAGAUCAAAAGAAACGUUUUUGAAAUUCUCUGUUAAUUUCAAAUAAAAUAUAUUGGCACGCG